UGUCCGCCGGUUUACGCGCGCGUUGACUUCGCGUCACGGCGUGGCGCGCUCCGCUGUACACAAGACGUGGGAGUCGGGGAAGUGAAAGCGGCUCGCAUCUUCACGGGAGGCGUGAUAUCGAGCAGGAUAACAAAUAAAAGCGAGGUUAUUCAACGCCGAGCCCUCGUUGUGUUCGCGCUCAUCCUCGUUGCUGCUCCAAGGCCGAGUGGAGGCGGGGGGCUCUGCAAGGGAGAGACGAGAGAGCGAGAGAGGUGCCUGCGUUCGGCGAUGAGCGGCGGAGAUCGUCGAGACAACGACGCCGUGGAUCAGCCGCCCCACAAGUGCCGCACCAAGGACUCCUGGUGGAAGGGAAUGGACAAAUUCUCGGGACACGGAGAAAGAGAACCCAAUUCCUCAAGCGGAGAAUCAAUGAGAGCAACGGUGUCGAGAAGACAAACCGCCAGCGAUUCCACUGGGAAAGGAAUUGGCUAUCCGUGGUCCGAGGAGCAAAAAGAUCUCCAACAAACGGACACCAGCAAGCGUAAUCUAAACAGCACACCUUCAUCAAUGCUAUCGGAAACGUCCUCACCAAAAGAAGAUGUCAAGAAGAGUUCUGACAAACCACCUACUUCAAACAAAACCCCUUCCUCUUUAAAGCAGACGACGUUGUUAGAAUUUUUUUCCACUGAAGAGAGGGCAAAAGAAGAGAAAAAAAUCAAUGAUAAGAGCCAGGUACAGAUUGAAGCCAAGGCUGGACCAUGCAAUCCUGGAGGCGUCAGUGGAAUGAUUGACAAAACACCAGUUAAAAUGCUGAGGUCAGAGGGGUUGGACUCCGAGAACACGACCUGCCCGGUCGUCAAGGGACAGAAGGAACAACAAAUGGAGGUGAACCGAGCGGGCAGCGACUGUGAAACGAAGAAACAACCAGUGCCAAAUGAUGAGGAUGACGCCAACGGGCUACAGAACAACGUCACCGUAGAGCCAUGCCUUUCAGAGUCGAGAGAGAACUCCAACGACAAUGUUUCGCCAAAAGAGAUUGGAAUUUCUACUUUCAUGAAGCCUUUAACAAACAAAUCCUCUAUGCAUCCGGAGAUGUCGGACCAUGCAGGGACUCCCAUUGCCAAAUCACAGGCACAGAGGAAGGAUGCAAACAGCGAUGGUUGCAACCCUGCGUCGAGUGAGACCAUGGCUAGUAACCAAGGCCAGUCGGGGGCCGGUACCCGUGACCCCCCACAGGGGACAAACACAAGAGGUCACCCUUCGGACAAGUUGAACCCAGCGGAGCGGGCAAGCACCUCGAAUGUCAAGGGAGCGAUGGGUUCACCAUCGAGCACCAGCUGUGGAACGGGGCAGAAAUCCUCUAAGGCUUUUGACCAAGACUCCAUGGAUCAAUCACCACCCAAGAAGCACGGCGUGACUUCGCCUACGAACUCCAGUGGUGGAAACCACUCGCACUUCAACAACAACCCGACUCAAGGUGCGAGCAUCGGAGCACAUGGGAUAUACCUGCCCAAGCUCCAACCAAGUAAAACCCACAAAGUCGCAGUCAUGCUUGACCACCUGAAAGAUGGAGAGCGACCUCAACCUUUCCCACGUCACUUUAAGGCCACGUGGGACAGUGAUCACGUGCGGAUGCCCUUCUGCGACCAGUCGGUGCACCAGGCACAGAACAUGAAGGAUUCUUUCCUUCGGUGGGAAGAGAUUGAAAGAUCGCUCCUCAAUGAUUUCAAAAGCUCCCACGACAUCGAGAAAGCAAUUAAGCUCUACAACCCAAAGUACGCCAACCAAUGGAACUUUGACUGCCUUCAUACGUUCUUUAAAAAGGAAAGGAAUGCAGCUGAGCUGCUGCAUACGGUCGUUCCUCGGAUGGCACGCCUGGCUCUGACACUGCCGACUCUCUGCACCAUGCCCCUGCCGCUUCUCCGCCGGGACACCGGCUUGAUGUUGACGAUAUCUCAGGAGCAAGCCGCCUGCCUCCUGGCCAACGCCUUCUUUUGCACGUUCCCCCGGCGCAACGCCACCGGGCCCCGGAGCGAGUACUCGGCCUUUCCCGACAUCAACUUCAACAGGCUCUUUGAAGGGAAAUCGGACCGCAAGUUGGAGAAGCUAUCGGCCAUCUUCCACUACUUCCGCCAGGUCUGCACCAAGAUGCCGACAGGAUUGCUGACGUUUCACAGAAAAAAACUUGAAACGAAAGUUGAGUGGGAAAGAUCCAGAAAACUGCUCACCAACCUGAAGGUGCAGAAUGCAGGCACCAUUGAGACUGAAGGCAAGGGGAUGUUGCAGGUGGACUUUGCCAAUAAGUACGUGGGUGGCGGGGUGCUGGGCAACGGCCUGGUGCAGGAGGAGAUCCGCUUUAUCAUCAACCCCGAGCUCAUCGUCAGCCGACUCUUCACGGAGGUGCUGGGCCCGAACGAGUGCCUCAUCGUCACAGGAACGGAGCGCUUCAGUAAUUACACGGGAUACGGAGAUACCUUCCGGUAUAAUGGGCCACAUGUGGACGACACGCCGCGCGACGCGUGUAUGCGCCGGCAAACGGAGAUUGUCGCCAUUGACGCCAUCCAUUUCUACGGCUACGUCGAGCAGUUCGAGCAGACAAAGCUGGAGCGAGAAGUCAACAAGGCCUUCUGUGGAUUCAGCUGCCCCGGUGCCAGUGGUUCCCUCUCUCCCGUCGCCACUGGAAAUUGGGGCUGCGGCGCAUUCGGAGGUGACAAGCGGCUGAAAGCGCUGCUGCAGAUGCUGGCAGCGGCGGAGGCCGGGCGAGACAUCGCCUACUUCACGUUUGGGGACCGCAGCCUCGAGGAAGAUUUCCGAAACAUCCACGGCUUCCUCCAAAACCAGGGCCGCACCGUCGGUGAAGUGUUCAAGAUGUUGGUGCAAUUCCGCACGAUCCUGCUGGAACACUCUCCCCACAGGGAUAAACCUCAGCUGUACGAGUGGCUCAUGCUUAAGCUGCAGAAGUAGAGGAGGCUUUCAUCAUCAGUUUCCUGUCCACCGACCUGCCAUCCAGUCUCCGUCGCCAAAUCUGCACAUCCAUGUCUCAGAAGGAGAGUUUUCCAACGAAUUCAUCUCAAGGACUCUGAGCCUCAAAAAAUCAAGUCUCAAGAACUGAUUUUUCGGUCUUAAAAACGAUGUACUGGGGUUCGGGUGGCUCAGGGUACUAAUGCCAGCGUUAAAGCUUUAACAACCUGAUUUGAAAUAUGUAUUUCAACCACCACUUGUGGAUGGAUUCUGCCCAAUCACAAAUAUUAAUCACGUUACAUUGACAUCUGCAUAUAAUUUACAAUAUUUCUGCUCUGAGGACGAACAUAUUAGAUUAUUAAAAUGUGACUGACACUAUUUAAAAGGCAUGAACGAGCACUUUUGUGUUAAGAGUUUCGCUGAAGUGACUCCAAGAAUCGUUUUGUGGGGUUAUCUCCUGUGACCUUUCCCGUAUGUGUGUAUAUUGAACUUAUUUUGCACCGUAAGUAGCCAACAGUGUUAUUUGGAGGUGCGGGGUAAGGAUAACAAACUUAACACAAAAAGCAGUUAUAAAAAAAAUAAGUUUUCAAUCGAGAUUUUUGUGCGCUUCUGCCUGAGAGAGCAUUCUAGAAUGAAAUGUAUCCAUCUUGUGACGCAAUGCAACUAUCAUUUGUGAUAUAAAUUCGGAACAUCUUUAUUCAUACAAUGAAUAUAUAUGUAAUUGCAUAUAUAGCUAAGAGUAUAAAUGUAUAUAGUACUCUUUUCUAAAAAACAUUUCUCGUUAACUCACAUUUCCUCUUCAUGUCUAUAAAAUGCCUCAUCUUUAUGAAGACAACCACAAGAAAAAACCUAAGUAUGAAUGCUCACGAAAGUUUCAAAUCUAGAAUUAACAACCACAACUGUCGUGUCAAACCUUGGGGCCUGAGUACAGAAUGACGUACGAAGUUCUAUAAACUGUGUAAACCGACUUUUUGUAACUAACUCCCACAAGGGUGGUUCAGACAUUUAUGCAUCGUAAAGAUUGGAUAAAAGUGAAGUGUGAUUGGGAACACUCCUAAGUCGCUGAGCAAAGUCUGCAAAAAAACAACGAUAAUUAAUAACUUAACAUGUUGGUGACAACAUUUAUAUUAUUUACACUAAUACCAUGAAUAUUAAAAUGGGUGAUGAAUCGUCAAUAUUAAAAACAAAUCUAUGCACCUCAGCCAUAGAGUGGCUGAAGUGACAUGACAUCAAUGACAUCUUGCCAGCAAUGUCACAGGAGUGAUUUCAUGGUGGCGAUGUUGCAUGGGGGGGGGGGGGGGGGUGUCUUCCUGGCAGGUAAUUGGCUGGUGUAGGAGGAGUGGCGGUCCCUCGAAACCACUGACACGGCCAUAAGGUUGCAAUCUCAUUACAACACCCAUAUUUGCUUUUAAUGUUUAUAGAGUUGAUCUUAUGUUGUUUCAUAGCUUACUACAACAAUCGCAGCCUGAUGGGACAUUUUCAAUACUCCAAAACGUUUUAGAAGUCUUGUGUUUGACUCUUUAGGAUUGGCCUGUAAUAUUUUGACUCAUACUGAAGCCUAAAUCUAUUGUCUCUUUAAUUAUUAUUCAACAUUUAGUCAUAUUUUCAGGCUAGUUCCUCAAGUCUCAAAAUGUACUACUUGGGGCUCGAGAAGGGGGCCUUGAGCCUGAGGAGCAAGGACUACCAUCAGCCUGGCUGAGUGAUUGAAGUACUUCACUUGAGGUCCGUUAACCUUCACGUGACCUCACUUUGCACGAAUAAUAAUUUAAUAUGCAGCGUUCCUGCUGGAGACUCACCGUCUCUGUGUGCUAUAACUUGCAUAGCUGCCACCAUGAAUAUCAAACUAUAGAAUCACUUUUCCUCUGUCGAACAAUACUCAUCCAUAUGCUUCUGAGGUGUAUCCACAUUGUCAAACUGAAGUGACAAAUAGAUUCAAUUGCAGACACUGCUUGCUGCUGAUUUUUGCCAGUAUAGUGAAUUCCAUGGUUGACAAUUACAGCAGGAGGCAGAGACAGAUAUUUUCAAAAAUUACCAUAAGCUGUUAUGUUGUUAGCAGGUUGUUGUGAUACAUAACAUUGUAUGUCAUCAUGGUGUCUAACAUGCCUUAAUUGAUCUUGUCAUUCUGUUGAUAACAAAAGCCAUAAGACCUACAAAGGAUUGUGGAAAUUCAAUCCAAAAUCAAUCGCAUGUAGUGCCAGCAAGCAGUUUUUGUAAGGUUAAAUUUAAAUUAAAUGUAAGUUGUUACUACUCAGUAUUGACAUCUGGAAAACGUUUAGUUUGUCAAUUCUAAACUAUUCUUUAUAAUUCUCCCAAUCUCUCUACUCGUAUGCAUUGGGUGAUGGCCCUUCUUAAAUGUUUCUUUUUUAAGGCAGAAUUAAUUAUGGAAGUGGUGAGAUUUUUUUGGGCUUGUGCCUGUAAAGUCAAUUAGCUUCUCUACAGUCAGGAUCGUGGCUAUAUAUUUGUUGCUGCAGGAUAAAAAAGCAAAGCUGUGUGUUGUACCAAUUCCACCAAUUCGAUAGCAGAUGUUGCCUCACUGCCACAGUGAUUAUGGCCUGCUAUGUUGAGUCCAAGCCAGCCCAUACUUUGCUGUGUGUUGUGUUAUAUAGGGCCCUCUGAGGUGGGCCAUAACACCAUUGCUACCAAACAACACCACAAGCAUUUCACAUCGUACAUAUGGUCAUGAUCCUGGUGGUAAACAGCUGUUUGGCUUUACAAAACCAUUUGUUAACACUGAUUGGGUGUGCUUGUUGUGUACAUUGUAAGUUAGAGUUUUGUGUUCAUGAUCUGCAUCAAUAUUGAUUAUGGAAAUGUCACUUCUGUAGAUGAAGGGUAAAAGCUUGGUUAUCCAUUAAUCUUCCAAAUAUAACUUUUCAGAGCAAAUCGUGGUCUGCACUGCGUUAGUCUCUUUAGCAAGGUGGCAGUAUGGUUAAGAGUGCUUGAUUCACAAGUCCAGUGAAUGAAUCAAAAUCCAAGUCAUGAUUAAUUGAGCCUCUCUUUGCUACAGGAAUGAUAAAAUGACCACCAUUUUUAAGGAAUGUCAACCGUGAUUAUCCGAUGUGUCUCUGCCUUGGGAAUGUGGAAAUUACACCAGUGGGCCAGAUAAUCGAGGUGGGUAGCACCUAAAAGCUUGUUCGAGCAGGGAGAUUAAUUGACUUGACAUUGAUUUGCUCAUCAUGAUAGUGAAAUUGCUAUCCCCAAACUGAACAGCCUCGUGCAUUGUACGUUGUAAUAGGCAUUUUGGAGAGGGUCAUUCAAAUAUAAAUAAAUAAAAGCAAAAUACAAAUAUCUUCCUGCGCAAGCGAGCAGCCCUGAGAAAGCAUUGGAUAUUCCAGAUUCCUUUGAUGUGGAACGUUCUGUUUACGGGACAACCACUGUUGACUUCAAAGUGGUCCUUAUUUUAUUGACAAGAAGGGAUGAUGGAGUUAGUCAACUCCUGAUAGGGAUUUGAAAUCACGACUUUCCAAUUGUAAGUUAAGUGCCCUGUCACACAACCACCUGGCGCUGAUAUAAAUUAAUAAAAUAAAAAAAUUGCCAAUCAUUGAAUGCAUGAGUGUUUUUCAAACGUGGCUUUGGACCAGUUCAUUUGUAUUUUAUUUAAUAUAAGCACACCUUUGUAAAUUCACUGCUGGAGGAAAACCUUCAAAUGAUAUGUCGCUCAUGGCUUGGUGAAGAGGGAUAGUGCCCUGGACCAUUUGAAACAUCACGAAGCACUGGUGUUCAUUUUGGCCUGGAAUAGAACUUUUAAGGGUGGUUCAAGAUUCAAGACCUGCCCAGCUUGUGGUGAAAUUUAACUGAAAAUGUAUGCACAUGUUGCUUUAUCACACGUGUUGCUUGUUAGUUUAACACGUAGGCUUUCGCGACCAGUAUUGUGUUGAUUGUUGUUCACUCAUACACUUACGUGAUCAGUACACAAAGCAUAGAAUUGAGCAUCGCAUGAGUGAUUUUAAGAGAUAUGUUUUUUUUCAGCUGUUGCGCCAUUGUUUUAGUUUAGGGUAACACGUCAGUGACGAGCAGUCUGAGGCAAUGUCAAAAACGGUAUCGUAAUACACGUUGAGGUUUCAACAGUGCAUGAAGCAAGAAGCGCAUCACAUCGUAUGAGAAGCCCACUAACAUGAUUCAACACUCUUGGUUUGUACGGGCACAGCAGCACAUUUUAAAGGAUGAAAGUGUGGCCUUUUUAAUUUAGCAGUAAAGCAAGGUGGUAGCUGUGUAAUGAUUUCACCCUGAUUGGAAUCAUUAGCGCAGUAUAGAUGACAAUAGUUGUACCCUCUUUGCCACUCAUCAGUGUCAUUGCAGUAUACAGUGCCGAUAUUUUUUUAGGAACCCCAAUGAUAAUUAUUUACAUUCCAUAGUUGCAUGGUACAGCCUUCUUGGAUCAAAACCGGUAUUAUCUUAAAUAUCCAAUAGGGGUUAAAUUCACCAAUUCCAUGUAUUUUAAAACAAAACGAUGAAUGAAUUAAACAAUGAGUAACUAAGGUUUAUGGUUUGUGAAAAAGUAAGUAAAACCCCUGGUUUCAUAAGCUCAAGGGAAUAAUUCGAAUCCGGUGUUUAAAUAGUUAGGUAGAUCUUCAGAGGUGAGUUUAGGAGGCACCACCCGGUAUAAAGAUCAGAAACUUUGAGUUUGGUCUUCACCAUACACGUGAGUGUUCAUGACUCAACUAUCAAAAAAAAAUACAACCAUGGUGUUCAUGGAAGGAUAGCAAGGAGAAAAUAACAUUGCUGCCCGUCUGAAGUUCGCCACAGAGCACACAGAUGAGCCACAAGACUUCUGGAACAAUGUUCUAUGGACAAACGAGGCAAAGGUAGCACUU